CCGGGAGGAGCCGUCAGGCACUUUCUAAGCCACCUUCCAAAGGGACGACGCGCCCCUGCAGGGGCCCUGAGGCGAAGCGAAGCUGCCGUACAACAUGGCGGCGCUCUGGCGAGGGCGCUUCCGGAUUGAGCCCUGGCUCCGCUGUACGGCGCGGCCUCUUUCGGCAGGGAAGAAUGAAUAUGAUCUUCUUGUUGUUGGAGGCGGCUCUGGGGGGCUGGCUUGUGCGAAAGAAGCUGCCCAGUUUGGAAAGAAGGUAGCUGUCCUAGAUUACGUGGAUCCUUCUCCAAGAGGAACCAAAUGGGGGCUUGGCGGGACGUGUGUGAACGUGGGUUGCAUCCCUAAGAAGUUGAUGCACCAAGCGGCUCUCCUGGGGAAUUCGGUCAGAGAUGCCCAACAUUAUGGCUGGAACGUACCCCGUCGCGUCAGCCACGACUGGUCUGUGAUGGCAAAAGGAGUCCAGAACUACGUUAAAUCCUUGAAUUGGGGGCACAGGUUGCAGCUGCAAGAUAAAAGAGUCAAGUACUUCAACCUAAAAGGCAGUUUUGUGGAUGCACACACCAUCCGCGGGGUAGCAAAAGGAGGCAAGGAGAUCCUGCUCACGGCAGACCAGAUAGUACUUGCCACUGGUGGGAGACCAAGAUACCCUACGGAGAUUGCGGGGGCACGGGAAUUUGGAAUUACAAGCGAUGACCUUUUCUGGCUAAAAAAAUCCCCUGGAAAAACGUUGGUUGUUGGAGCCAGCUACGUUUCCCUCGAGUGCGCUGGCUUUCUCACCGGCCUCGGCUUGGACACUACCGUUAUGAUCAGGAGCAUCCCGCUUCGAGGAUUUGACCAGCAAAUGGCCAGCCUUGUGACGAAUCACAUGGAAGCCUCAGGGACACGGUUUCUAAAGAAAUGCAGCCCAACGAAGGUCAAGGAGGCGGACAAUGGCCGGCUGCGCGUGACGUGGAAAUAUGCUGAGUCUGGCAAGGAAAGGUCCGAUGAGUUUGAUACAGCGAUAUGGGCAGUAGGCCGAGCUCCAGACACCACAGCCCUUGAUUUGGAUCGUGUUGGUGUGAAAACCAACCCCGAGACUGGGAAGAUCCUUGUUGAUGCAGGAGAAGUCACUUCAAUAUGCCAUAUUUUUGCAAUUGGAGACAUAACUGAGGGCCGCCCUGAAUUAACACCAACAGCAAUUGCUGCAGGAAAGUUGUUGGCUCGGCGGUUGUUUGGCCUCUCUUCCGAACUCAUGGAUUAUGACGAUGUGCCCACAACGGUUUUCACCCCUCUAGAAUACGGCAGCGUCGGCAUCUCAGAAGAAGCAGCCGUCAACCGGUAUGGUCCAGACAACAUAGAGGUAUACCACGCAUUUUAUAAACCCUUGGAAUUUGUUGUGGCAGAAAGAGAUGCUAAUCAGUGCUACAUAAAAAUGGUGUGCCUGCGUGAGAAAGAUCAGCGGAUCCUUGGCCUUCAUUUCAUCGGCCCAAGCGCUGGCGAAGUUAUUCAGGGCUUUGCGCUUGGAAUCAAAUGUGGUGCUACUUAUUCUCAGAUGAUGAAGACAGUUGGGAUUCACCCAACUUGUGCUGAGGAAGUCGCAAAGUUGCACAUCACCAAACGAUCAGGCUUGGAUCCAACCGUCACGGGCUGCUGAGGUUAAAUGCCAUCCCUGGUUAACCAAGGAAAGUGUGUGGGGCAGAAGCACCUGGAAGAGAAGGAAGGAGCAGAUCAGCAUCUGCAGACUCACGAGACCAGCUCCCUUGAUGCCUUUUGCGAACCGAUCCUAUUUCUGGGGAUUCCAAUCCUCCUAUUUAUUUCGUCUUAUGCACAAACCGAGAUUGAUGCUGAUGAACUGGAACUGGUACCAAAGCAGGGGUAGAUGGAAACCAAAGAGAUCUGCUCCUUUUCUGAAAAGUUCUGCCUUGCUCCCCCCACCCCACAGGGAUGGCUUAUUUGCAGCACCAUCAAGCAGCCUCGCGUUGAUGCCAACAAUCAAACCAACACUGCAGAAAAUUUCCUGGGUGUGCAGAUAUCUGUGCAUUUGAGGAAUAUACUCAGAAUCAUGGAAUGCCAGCUAAUGAUGGCUUGUGUAUAAAACCACAUGCUGGGGAACACAGGUCUGAUGCUUGCUGGUUCCUUACUAAACACAAGGAAUUCUAUUGACUUUAUGGUAGGCAAUUUCACAGAAGAAUAAAAAAAAAUCUUUUUCCUGAA